UUGACAGUCCCUCAGCGAAUCACACUCCAAGUCCAUCUCUUCGACACGACACACGUCAAAGAAGCCCAAAGAAAGCCCCCGUCAAAAUGUUCAAAUUGUUCGUUCUCGCUGCUCUGCUGGCCGUUGCCGCCGCCAAGCCCGGCCAUCUGGCUGCCGCUCCCCUCGUCUACAGCGCCCCAGCCACGACCAUCGUCCAGGAGUCGUCGCUGGCCAAGAUCGGAGCCGUCGUGAAGAGCGUGCCCACCGCCGUCUCCCACCAGAGCCUCACCCAGGUGCACAGCACCCCGGUGGUGGAGGAUGUGGUUGCCCCAGUCGUGAGGACGACCGCCGUCCACUCCGCUCCCCUUGUGGCCGCCGCUCCCCUCGUCAAGACCGUGGCUGCUGCUCCUGUGGCCUACUCCGCACCGCUGACAUACUCUGCGCCCGUGGCUUACGCCUCUCCUCUGGCCUACUCCCACCCCGUGGCCUACUCCUCGCCCGUGGCCUAUGCCGCUGCUCCUGUCCAGUACCACGCCCCCCUCACAUACGCCGCCCACGCCUGGUAAAAAGUGAGAGACCGAGAACGAAAGAUUUUGAACAGUUCCUUGUUGACUUGUGUCCGUCCCGCGAAAGAAAUAAAGCAAAACGAUAUAAAAUUUGA